GGAGGCGGCCGGGGCGGAGCCACGCAUUGCCCCGCAGAGCCACCGCCCUACGCCGUCGGAGCCGCGACAGCCGCGAUGGAUGAUAUCUUCACGCAGUGCCGGGAGGGCAACGCGGUGGCCGUGCGCCUAUGGUUGGACAACACCGAGAAUGACCUCAACCAGGGGGAUGACCAUGGCUUCAGCCCCCUGCACUGGGCCUGCCGCGAGGGCCGCUCCAACGUGGUGGACAUGCUGAUCAUGCGGGGAGCGCGCAUCAAUGUCAUGAACCGCGGUGAUGACACCCCGCUGCACCUGGCAGCCAGCCACGGCCACCGCGACAUCGUGCAGAAGCUGAUCCAGUUCAAAGCGGACAUCAAUGCGGUGAACGAACACGGGAACACCCCCCUACAUUAUGCCUGCUUCUGGGGACACGACACGGUGGCAGAGGACCUUGUGGGUAACGGGGCCUUGGUCAGCAUUGCCAACAAGUACAGCGAGACGCCCAUUGACAAAGCCAAGAUGCCGCUGCGGGAGAUACUGAAAGAGCGUGCAGAGAAGCUGGGCCAGAACCUGACCAAGAUCCCCUACAAGGACACCUUCUGGAAGGGCACGACCCGCACACGGCCCCGAAAUGGGACCCUCAACAAACUUGCUGGAAUAGACUUCAAACAGCUGAGCUUGAGCCAAAAACUCAAUGAGAACCAAUCAGGAGAGCUGUGGAAAGGGCGCUGGCAAGGCAAUGACAUUGUCAUCAAAAUGCUGAAAAUUCGGGACUGGACAACUCGGAAGAGCCGAGACUUCAACGAGGAGUACCCAAAGCUGCGGAUCUUCUCUCACCCCAACGUGCUGCCAGUGCUGGGCGCCUGCCAGUCCCCCCCGGCCCCCCAUCCCAUUGUCAUCAGCCACUGGAUGCCCUACGGCUCCCUCUACAAUGUGUUACAUGAGGGGACAAUGACCCCCAGUGCCACCUCCCUCCCUGCAGACUUCGUGGUGGACCAGAUGCAGGCGGUGAAAUUCGCUUUUGACAUUGCGCGGGGCAUGGCCUUCCUGCACACGCUGGAGCCCCUCAUCCCACGGCACCACCUGAACAGCCGCAGCAUCAUGAUUGACGAGGACAUGACUGCAAGGAUCAGCAUGGCCGACGUGAAGUUCUCCUUCCAGUGCCCUGGGAGGAUGUAUGCGCCUGCCUGGGUGGCACCAGAAGCCCUGCAGAAGAAGCCAGAGGAAAUUAACAGGCGCUCGGCGGACAUGUGGAGCUUUGCGGUGCUGCUAUGGGAGCUGGUGACCCGCGAGGUGCCGUUUGCAGACUUGUCCAACAUGGAGAUAGGCAUGAAGGUGGCACUGGAAGGGCUCCGUCCAACCAUCCCCCCUGGCAUCUCCCCACACAUCUGCAAGCUGAUGAAGAUCUGCAUGAAUGAGGACCCGGCCAAGCGCCCAAAGUUCGACAUGAUCGUGCCCAUCCUAGAGAAGAUGCAGGACAAGUAGAGGGAGGUGCCUCCCCGAUGUCUGACGCUGCCGUGCUCCCUUCCCCACCACCUCCAAGUGCCUUUAACCCCAGAGCUAAGGGGGAGCAGGGACAGCCCCCUCACCCUGAGCCAGCCACGGACACACGGUACAGAUGAUGCUGCCUUCCCUGGAGCUGCUCUGCAGGCUUCGGGCUCUGUAGCACCGAGCUAUGGCAGCACCUCCACCCUCCCUGGCAGCUGUGGGCAGACUGGGCAGGACACCUGGAUGCAAUCACUGAGCGUGGCGAGGCUCUGCUGCUCCGAAGCCACCUCAUGCUCCCAGGCCCAGGGCAGCUCGCCUACUUGGCGGUCUCGUGUUAAAAGUGUCCGGUCCUGGUGCUCUUCCCUGCUGAGGACAGCAGGGUAAAGGUUGCCUGUUUGUGCCCAGCACCACCCCAGCUUUGCGCUUCACUUCUUAUCGUUUCCAUCCAGGCCACGUGGAAAAGCCGCCAGCAUCUGAAAUAAAUAUUUGUUACAAAAUCUG